CUUUACACCCAUCCCCGUAACAACUUUACGAGGCAGGCACUAAUCAUCUCCAUUUUACAGAAGAGGAAACUGGAGCUCAGAGGUGACAGGACCGGCUCACAUCGCCUAGCCAGGAGGGCGGCACAGAAUUUGAAUCCGGGUGGUCGGACUGCGAAAACGCCAACGCCCUGGGCAGCACCAGCCGCCGCGUUCUCUCGCCCGCGGGCCAGGGUCCCGGGAGCCCGAGGCCCAGCCGGCCCGAGCCCAGGCCCAGCCCCAGCCCCAGCCCCGGCCUUCCCGGGGGCGCCCUCACCAGUUUGAUCACCGUCAUCACAUGUGCCCUUUGGGAGUGCCAGGCAUUUUCCCACACAACAGCAACCACUUUUCUUCUUGUUGGGAGAAGACGUCCUUGGGGAAUAUUGCGAAAGGGAAGACUUUGGGGCUGGGUUUGGGCCAGUCUCCUAGUCCUGCCCUUCCCUUGAUUGAUGCUCUGGGUGAGGUGUACACCUCCGGCCUGGACUGAGCACUCAUCUCAACUCUCCACACCAUCAUCAUGUCUAGCUGCUGCUUCUUCCUGAAGGCACUUCUUGCUCUUGGGUCCCUGACAUCCUGGGUGGCUGCAGGAGAGCAUGUGAAAGAAGGAGAAUGCCCUCCUGAUAAGAAUCCAUGUAAAGAGCUGUGCCAGGGGGAUGAAUCGUGUCUGGCUGGGCAGAAGUGCUGCAGCACUGGCUGUGGUCGGGUCUGCCAAGGAGGCAUUCCAGAGGGGAGGAAAGGAGAUUGCCCCAGGGCUGCUCAGAAACAAUCCUGUUUUCAAAGGUGCGUCACUGAUGAGACUUGUCCGGGUAUAAAGAAAUGCUGCACGUUUGGCUGCAACAAGAGCUGUGUGGUCCCAGUCCCUAAGCCAAAGCUGGAGUCUGGUGGUGAAUGUCCUGCUGACCCCCUUCCAUGUGAGGAGCUGUGUGACAGGGAUGAAUCCUGUCCCCAGGGGCAAAAAUGCUGUAGCACCGGCUGUGGGCACGCCUGCCGCGGAGACAUUAAGGGAGGGCGGGGUGGUGAUUGUCCAAACAUUUUGGUGGGCCUGUGCAUUGUUGGCUGCAUGAUGGAUGAGAACUGCCAGGCUGGGGCAAAAUGCUGCAAGUCAGGCUGCGGCCGCUUCUGUUUCUCUCCAGUUCUGCCACCGGAACCAGCCAUGAACUCCAACUGGACCUCAGGUCUGAUUCUGCAUUAGAGAGCCCGAUGCCUUAGCUGUCCUGAUUUAUCCUGAGCUGCUUGGUGACUGCAGGGGGCUUGUUCUGGCUGCCAGGAGAGGGUGAUGCCCUGGGGCUGUGAGCCUUGUGGGGGCUCUCGUGGCCCUCUUUGCUCUGCUCCUGCUGCUGCCUUGAGCAUGGGAAACAGAGUUGUGGGUUUGGGCAAUGGUGUGCAAUGUCCCCAAUAAAGACUUUGCUCACC